AUGUUUUUAGGUGAUAACUCCGAUGUAACGUCCCAUAACUUCGAAAACGAUGCGUGCGAGUUGCCGUUUGCCUCGGGCUACGGUCCAGCCCGCAUUCCCUCCUACUACUACGAUCAAGAGCAGAGCGCGUGCCUGCCCUUCAUUUACGGCGGCUUCGGGGGCAACGCCAAUCGCUUCAAAAAUGUCUACGAGUGCGAAAUUGCGUGCAUAAUCAGGCGCUUCUAG